AAUCAGACUUGCAAUUUAAAAAAAUGCUACAGCAAUAUCAGGACUAAGUCUGGAUUUAAAGACAGUAUUAGACAUUAUUUUCUUUCUUAUAAUCAAAUUUUUCACAAUGCCAAGACAAUUUUUUCAUAUUUUGUCAUGGACAAUCUAGAAGGAAACAACUAUAACCAGAUAAAUAGUAUAGAAGAAGAAGAAGAAAAUGGGAACAAUUCCUCCUUGAUCAACACUUUUUUCAAUGGCCUCAAUGCUAUAUCAGGAGUUGGAUUGAUAUCAGUUCCAUAUGCUCUUGCAUCAGGAGGUUGGUUGAGCUUAAUCUUGCUUUUCGCAAUCGCGGUCGCAGCCUACUAUGCAGGAGUCCUUACAGAACGUUGCAUAAGAUCAGAUCCAAGCAUCAAGACAUACCAUGACAUUGGUUAUUUUGCAUAUGGUAAAACUGGAAAAUGGGUGGCAUCAAUCAUAUUAUAUAUAGACCUAUACUUGGUUUUAACUGGGUACCUAAUUUUAGAAGGUGAUCAUUUACAUAAUCUCUUCCCAAGAGUGAAAUUUGGAGGAAUUGGAAGACUUAAAUUGGAUGGAAAACAAGUUUUUGUGAUGAUAAUUGCAUUAGUUGUUCUACCAAGUACUUGGUUAGAUGACUUAAGGAUUCUUUCUUACAUUUCUGCAACAGGAGUUAUUGCUAAUUAUGUGAUACUUUUGUCAAUUAUAUGGGUUGGUUGCUUUGAUGGUGUUGGAUUUCAUCACAAGGGUGAACUACAAAAUUGGAGAGGGAUUCCUAUGGCAGCUAGCCUAUUUAUGUUCUCUUAUAGUGCAAAUCCUGUUUUUCCUACUUUAUACAAUUCAAUGCAAAAGAAACAACAUUUCUCUAAGGUCUUGUUGCUGAGUUUUGCCUGUGCCACAUUCUGUUACACUACAAUGGCAAUUCUAGGAUACAUGAUGUUUGGAUCAGAGGUGAACUCGCAAAUAACAUUAAAUCUACCAACUCACAAACUAAGCUCUAAAAUUGCCAUCUACACAAGUUGGAUUAUACCAUUAUCAAAGUAUGCACUCAUGCUAAAACCUGUUGCAAGUGCUACUGAAUGUUGGUUUCCUUACUAUAGUAAGAAAAGGAUCUUCAGAAUUAUACUUAGAACUUUUUUGGUUGUAACUCAAGUUAUAAUUGCGUUAACUUUUCCCUUCUUUGGAUAUCUUAUGACGUUAGUUGGGGCAUUAUUAAGCGCCACAGCUUCCAUCACUGUUCCAUGCUUGUGCUACUUGAAGAUUUCCAACAUUAAUUUGGGAGUUAGGAAGGUGUAUAUAAUCAUGAUUAUAGUCCUAAGUUUGUUAAUUGUAGGCUCUGGUACCUAUAUCUCUUUUGUACAUAUAAUCAAGGAAGUAGACAAAAAAUAUUAA